UUUGAUUACACAGGCCUUGGGUUGGUGUCAAGCCUUCGAUAUACUCUGAUGCGAUUAGGCGGAAGUGAAGCUGACGAGAUAAGAUUGUUGAUACGUAUUUGGAAGAGAAGAACUCACUGUUGUAUUUAAAUCGUGGUUGUACUUUUCUGUUGUCUAAAAUGGAAACCGAGAAGUAUCCACGAUCUUCAAUCGAAGAUGAUUUUAACUACGGGACGAAUGUGGCGACGGCCAGCGUCCAAAUCCGAAUGGAUUUUCUGCGGAAGGUGUACAGCAUCCUUUCCAUUCAGAUUAUUUUGACCACAGUGACGUCAGCUGUCUUCAUGUACAGUGACUCCAUCAAGAGCUUUGUUCACGCAAGCCCUGCUCUAGUUUUGGUAUCAACUGUUGGCUCGCUCGGUCUUAUCUUUGCCUUGGCCAUCUACAGACACCAGCACCCAGUCAACCUUUACCUGCUCCUUGGCUUCACACUUUUUGAAGCUGUGACUGUUGCUACUGCAGUCACGUUUUACGAGUACUCUGUGGUGCUCCAGGCCUUUGCUCUCACUGCCGCUGUGUUCGUUGGCCUGACUGCCUACACCUUCCAAUCAAGGAGGGACUUCAGCAAACUAGGAGCCGGGCUUUUCGCUUGCCUGUGGAUUUUGAUCAUUGCAAGUUUCAUGAGGCUGUUUUUCCACAAUGAGACGGUGGAGCUGGUGUUCGCUGGUGCCGGAGCCCUUGUGUUCUGUGGCUUCAUCAUCUUUGACACCCACCUGCUGAUGCACAAGCUCUCCCCUGAGGAGUACAUCCUGGCCUCCAUCAACCUGUACCUGGACAUCAUUAACCUGUUCCUGCACCUGCUGCGCCUGCUGGAGGCGAUGAAGAGGAACUAGAGUGCCAGGCAAUCAGCAGCUCCGCCAGAGCCUUGGGAUGAAGGAUCAGCCGUUAUGUUUUAAUGCUCAUACUUUCCAAUACUGGCCUCAAAUUCCUAAUGAAUUCCGGCUGAAUGCCACAGGAAUAACGCCUGAAUAUCGUCUGCACUUCCUCUGAGAAGUCAUUCAGCUUGAAUUCAGCCAUGUUAAUUCAUCAUGAUUUAAAAAACAUUCAGGUUCCCCUUUCCCCUCCAUCCGUUUCUAAUGAAUUCACUGUUUAUUCUUCACUAAUUCUUACCCUCUUACUCGCCCACCGGGGGACUGUGAGAAGUAUUCCUUCAUGCAUGUGUGAAUGCAUGCCUUAUACAUGGGAUCAUGCAUGUGUGAAUGCAUGCCUUAUACAUGGGAUAAACAUCGCUUACAAAGGAACAUGGAAUGAAUACAGGUAGUUGAAGAGCUGAAUUAAAAAUGAAUUCCUUUAGAACUCUGAGGAAGUGCAGAAGAUAUUCAGGUGUGUUCCUGUGGUGUUCAUUCUGAAUUAAUUAUGAAUUUAUGGCCAUUUCAUUUUUUUGCAACAAUUCUGUUAAUUAUUUAUGAUUUAGACUCUAAUAUACAUAUGGUAUAUUACUAUUUGUUUUCUAGUAAUUAAUGCUGGGAAUACUGUGCUUGAUAAAUGUGAAGUAUUGUGUACAUUAGAAUAUGUUGUUAAUAAAUUUGCAUCUAUCCAA